CAGGGCACGCCUCUCGGGUCCUUGCUCUCACUGCCAAAUUGUGCAUGCUGUCCGGACAGAAGCAUCAGUGUUGUUUGCCGCGAUAGACGUUUCACUCAGAUUUUUGGGGUUUCUUUUUGUACUUUCUUGAUCGGAGCGCUCAUAAUAUGAAGAAUAUGACGCUACGAAAGCUUAAAAAAGUAAACUCCAGUGAUCCAACUAGUAGACUUUCGAGCCAGGACGAUAUUUACUUUCCGUCCUCAAAGUCAGACAGUUGUAAAACUAUGGAUUUACCAACUCAUUCAGAAGUAUAUAAUUACAAGACUUUGGCUUACUCUGGUGGAACGUUGCCAAGGAACUUCAGAAAGAAUGGUGGGCUGCAGAAGAGGAAUCCCCUGACUCAGACCACCGAGCCACGGAGAGAAGUUAUCCUGGAGAAGAAGGACGAGGAGACGUUUGGCUUUGAGAUUCAGACAUAUGGGCUGCACCACCAGGACCAGAACUCUGUGGAGAUGUGCACAUUUGUGUGCAAGGUUCACGACGACAGCCCCGCCCAACAAGCCGGACUCAAAGUCGGGGACACCAUCGCUAGUGUGAACGAGACCACCGUGGAUGGAUAUCUACACAAGGAGAUUGUUCAGCUAAUCAGGGCCUCUGGGAACUCCAUUAGGCUGGAAACAGUGUACAGCGACUCCAUUCGAAAAGCAGAACUGGAGACCAGGCUUCAGUAUCUAAAGCAAACCCUACAUGAGAAAUGGGAUGAAUACAGAUCUUUGAUGACACAAGAGCAGAGGCUGGUUCAUGGCAUAGUGAUGAGUGAUGCUGCUAUCUAUGAGUCCCUGGAGUCUGCAGGGGUGUACGGUAGUCUGGGUACCCCGAGCCCGGCCGCCCUGCGUGCCCUCCGCUGCACCGGCAGCACCAGCAGCAGCGCCAGCCACCUGAGUGCCACCAUGGAGGAGGACCCAUUCUACCAGACCUGUCUGUACCAGAGGCAGGGUGACCACCUCAACGAUGCCAAUGGUGACCUCACUAGCAGCACAGAGAAAGAAAAAAAGAAACCAGAACAGGAGAAGCCUCCACAGGGUAAGCAGAGACUGAUCCGCCCCGCCAGUGAGCUCUUCACCUCAGCCAAGACCCACCUGACCCGCAGCUCCAGCACACGCAGCUACCUGAGGGCUUCCAACAAUAACUCUUCAUCAGCACCAGGGGAGAAAGCACAAUCGGGAGGGUUCAGCUCGCUACAGAGGAAACCCAAACAGAAGAGCUUCCGCCGACACCUCCUCAAGUUCAUCCCUGGACUGAACAGAGGCAUGGAGGAGGAGGAGAGCAAGCUCUGAGAACUAAAUGGACUAAACACCCGAAGAACUAGACUCUUUUUGUCCCAAAGACUUAAUUUUGCCUCUGACUCAACCUUAACAACCAAAGAUUUCAACUAGUGCCACAGAGACCAAAUGUAUCUAUCUGUCCAGAAAUACCUUUGUACAUGUUCAGAUGACUACACAUUUGACCCAGCGGAACCAAUGGUCCUUUGAGUUCUGAAGCACACUCCAAUUUGAGGAGAUACCUGUACAUACUGUACCUUGGUUACUAUUUCCAUAGUUCAUAAGUUAUUUAUUUAUUUUUGAUUAGUUUGACCUAUGUACAGAAUGAAGGAUUUCGUUUUUGUGUUUUAAUUUAGUUUUGUCAUCAUGACAGUUGAAAAUAAAUGCCCCAUAUCUUACAUUUACAUUUAAGUCAUUUAGCAGACUCUCUUAUCCAGAGCGACUUACAAAUUGGUGCAUUCACCUUAUGAUAUCCAGUGGAACAACCACUUUACAAUAGUGCAUCUAAAUCUUUUAAGGGGGGGGUUAGAAGGAUUACUUUAUCCUAUCCUAGGUAUUCCUUAAAGAGGUGGGGUUUCAGGUGUCUCCGGAAGGUGGUGAUUGACUCCGCUGACCUGGCGUCGUGAGGGAGUCUGUUCCACCAUUGGGGUGCCAGAGCAGCGAACAGUUUUGACUGGGCUGAGCGGGAACUGUACUUCCUCAGAGGUAGGGAGGCGAGCAGGCCAGAGGUGGAUGAACGCAGUGCCCUUGUUUGGGUGUAGGGCCUGAUCAGAGCCUGAAGGUACGGAGGUGCCGUUCCCCUCACAGCUCCGUAGGCAAGCACCAUGGUCUUGUAGCGGAUGCGAGCUUCAACUGGAAGCCAGUGGAGAGAGCGGAGGAGCGGGGUGACGGGAGAGAACUUGGGAAGGUUGAACACCAGACGGGCUGCGGCGUUCUGGAUGAGUUGUAGGGGUUUAAUGGCACAGGCAGGGAGCCCAGCCAACAGCGUACAUACAAUUUUACAUACAUUUUACAUGCAUACAUACAUUUACGUACAUACAUCACAUACAAUUUUUUUUGUAAGAGCCAUUUGUUACUGUUUUUGUACCAGUUUGAUCUGGUGUUUUUUGCCAAAAAUAUCUGCAAAUAAAUGUGUGGCAUUUUGA